GUUGUCAUGACACUUGAUGUCACAGACUGUUUUCUAGCUUCGUUUGUUUUGUUUCGUUUCGAUUUCGAUCGGUGUGUUUGUGAUUUAUUGUAAACAAAUUACCUAUCUACGUUAAAUAAUUUGCCAUGUCUCAAAACAGUGAAAAGCCUUCCCCUCAUCAGGAUGUCGUCGACCCUACUGGCCCCGCAGCUCGUAAAGGAGUUCUCAUAUCAUUCAGAACUGGAAAAAUAAUGGAGAUCCCAGAGAAAGAUAUUCUUGGCAGAUGCAGGUUUGUUGGUGAAUUUGAGAAAAUAAACAGAAUCGGCGAAGGGACGUAUGGAAUAGUGUAUAGAGCAAAGGACAAGUUAAAUGGCAGCAUUGUUGCCUUGAAGAAAGUCCGUAUGGACGUAGAGAAGGAUGGCCUGCCCCUGAGCGGACUCCGUGAGAUCCAAGUACUGAUGUCUUGUAGACACGAGAACAUUGUACAACUGAAGGAGGUGCUUGUUGGGAGAUCUUUAGAAAGCAUAUUCCUAUCAAUGGAGUACUGUGAGCAAGACUUGGCGUCAUUGCUGGACAACAUGUCAUCGCCAUUCACCGAGUCGCAGGUGAAGUGCCUGAUGCUGCAGGUCCUGAAGGGCCUGAAGUACUUGCACUCAAACUUCAUAGUGCACAGAGACCUCAAGGUGUCCAACCUACUGCUCACUGAUAAGGGAUGCGUCAAAAUCGCUGACUUCGGUCUAGCGCGUUGGCUGGGCGCCCCCGCGCGCUGCGCCACCCCGCGCGUCGUCACGCUCUGGUACCGCGCGCCCGAGCUGCUCCUACAGGCGCCCAAACAGACGCCCGCCCUGGACAUGUGGGCGGCCGGCUGCAUCCUGGGGGAGCUGCUGGCUAACAAACCGCUGCUGCCCGGCAGGACCGAGAUUGAGCAGUUGGAGCUGAUUGUGGAUUUGCUUGGCACCCCAUCAGACGCUAUCUGGCCGGACUUCAGCGCGCUGCCCGCGCUCCAGAACUUCACUCUCAAGCAGCAGCCGUACAACAACCUGAAGCAGCGGUUCCCAUGGCUGUCGGCGGCCGGGCUGCGGCUGCUCAACUUCCUCUUCAUGUACGACCCCAACAAGCGCGCCACGGCUGAGGAGUGCCUGCAGAGCUCCUACUUCAAGGAGCAGCCUUUGCCUUGCGACCCCAAGUUGAUGCCGAGUUUCCCGCAGCACAGGAACAUGAAGGGGUCACAGAAAGCCUCCAACCAGCUGAACCUUCCACUAUCAACCCUCAACACCGGCGCUAACGACCAAACCAACAACCUGCCCGCCAUCUCCGACCUACUAGGAUCGUUGGUCAAGAAACGAAGAGUGGAAUAAUUAUUAACCUAGCUAUUUUUAGAUUAAGGGACUUGCAGCAGAGCGGUGUGAAACCUAUUAGGUAUUUUUCGUUGGUUUUCUUUAAGUUUUUUCAUAGAAGUCUAUGGAAUAAAGAGUCAAUAGGAAAGUGUUUACGGUGGAUUGUAAGCGUGCUGUUGUGUAACUAAACUAGUGUAAGGUACGAAUAAAGAUUUUAAGUGUCGAAAAUUUA